AUGAUUUCUAUCGCAAGGAAGAAUUAUUUGCAGAAGCUGAUGAAGCUUAUGGGAAAAAAUCAGCAUCAUUCCUCCCCAGCUGAAAUCUACGAACAGAGAAGAAAUCAGAGACAACGAUCUUCAACUUCCUCGAAUUCAAGCAUUGAACCUAUGCCAACCAUAGAAGAAGUGGAAGAGGACGAAGCUAGCUUCAAUUCUGCAAUAAAUUGUCUGUUGAUAAAAACCAUAUACGGGUUGACUUGCCGAUACAGAAUCGGUGCAAUGGCAGUUUGCAAGCGGAGUACUGGCUCUGUGACUGAAGACGCAAUACGAAAAUUUCGAAUGCACAAAAAACAGUCAAAGCACUUCACAGAAAACUGCCUUCCAUAUCAUAAUCGUUCUUCGCCAGCUGAAAUACACAAGCAGAGAAGAAAUCAGAGGCAAAGAUCUUCAAGGUUUUCGAACUUGAGCAUCAAGCCUAUGCCAACCAUAGAAGAAGAGGAAGAGGACAUGUUAACGUUCAAUGCGUGCAGCGGCAUGGAUGCUCAGCAGCUUGAUGCUAUAGAAGAGCUAGCUUCAGUUCCACAAUAA